CACUCCAGCCUGGGCCAUAGAGCCAGACCUUAUCUCAAAAAAAAAAAAAAAAGUUAUCUCCCUAUAGCUCCAACCCUCACAUUUCCACCCCCAAAUAGAUUACUGCAUAGUUUUCCCAGCUUUACACUAUUUAUGCAUGGGUCCAAUAAUUACUUGUGGAUGUGCUGUCCUCUAUAUGAUGGUAUAUUUAGCAGCAUUUUCCCUCCCAAGUUGUGACAGCUAAAACUUCACAUGUUGUGAAGUGUCCAUUGGAGGCCAAAAUCUACCCCCAGUCCAGUUGAGAACCACUGGAGUACGGAGUACAAGAUAAACUUCAUUGCCGUUAACUUGGCUUUUCAGAUCUUUCGUUAUCUUUUCCCAAUCUACCUUUCCUAGAAUUUGACUCAGUCCAAGAGAACUACCAAUGCAGGAAUCCUGUCUUUGGCUUCCUCCAUAGAUUUCUUUGGCUUCUUCCGUAGAUUAUGAUCUUUUACUGACUUUUCUUGGAUGUUUCCAGGGAUGAAAGAAAUUUAAAAUCUUUACUUUGCACGAAAGUCCUUGUCUCUCCAAAGUUCCUGCUCAAAAUGUGUAUUUGUUGAGUUCAGUUCACACCCCUGGAGGUGUAAAAAAAAAAUCCUUUUUCCAUUUGUGAGCACCACUGAGAAUAAAAAUGGUAGUCAUAUUUCUAUUUUUCACCUUCCUCUAUGUAAUAUGGUUUAUAGAUCAUCAUGAACUUUUUACUGUCCUCUGAACAAUAUCGCGCCUGACGAUGUCCUACUUAAAACAUACUACCCAGAACUGAACACAGUGUUCUGGAUGUGCGUCACACGAUGCUAGUUAAACAUUUUAAGAUGAGAAAAAUUGAUCUCUGUCUGAGCUCUGAAGGGUCCGAAGUGAUUUUAGCUACAUCAAGUGAUGAAAAACACCCACCUGAAAAUAUCAUUGAUGGGAAUCCAGAAACGUUUUGGACCACCACAGGAAUGUUUCCCCAGGAAUUCAUUAUUUGUUUCCACAAACAUGUAAGGAUUGAAAGGCUUGUAAUCCAAAGUUACUUUGUACAGACCUUGAAGAUUGAAAAGAGCACGUCUAAAGAGCCAGUUGAUUUUGAGCAAUGGAUUGAAAAAGAUUUGGUACACACAGAGGGGCAGCUUCAAAAUGAAGAAAUUAUGGCACGUGAUGGCUCCGCUACUUACUUGAGAUUCAUUAUUGUAUCAGCCUUUGACCAUUUUGCAUCUGUGCAUAGCAUUUCUGCAGAGGGAACAGUAGUCUCAAACCUUUCCUCAUAAUUAUAACAAAAUGCUCUUGCAUGAUUUUUUAACAAUAUAUUUAUUUAAACAGGAAGUUGUCACUAAUAUACUUUAUUAAAAGGAUUUGUAUCAA